UGCAUCGGGAUCGAGAUUCAGAAGAAUUGCAUACUCUCGGGAGACGAAAAUUUUGCUCCGAUUAAAAAUAAAGUUUAACUAGUUAGUUAAAAUGUCAGGAGAUAUUCAAGAGAGGAGAAUGGCAGAAGGUCAAACACACAUUCAGGCUGCUGAAAAGUACAUGAAAACUUCCUUUUUUAAAUGGAAACCUGACUUGGAUAGUGCUGCCUCAGAGUAUACAAAAGCUGCCACAUGUUUUAGAAAUGCCAAAGCAUUUAAAGAGGCAAAAGGUGCAUUUCUGAAAGCUGCUGAUGUACACAAACAGAUGAAUGCUAUAUUCCAUGCAGCCAAGAUGAUAGAGCAAGCAGGUUUGUUAUGUAAGGAGUUUAAGGACGUGGAAGGAUGCGUGAAUUUGCUGGAACAUGCAGCGGAUCUAUUUCACCAGAAUGGGACAGCUGACACUGCAGCUUUAACUCUGGAUAGAGCAGCCAAAUCUAUAGAAUUGAACUAUCCUGGAAAAGCAGCUGAGUUGUAUGACAAAGCUUGUAGUGUAUCAGAGUUGGAUGAUAAGUCCAGACAGUGUGCAGAAUUUGCAGGAAAAGCCGGGAGAUUGUUCGUCAGAGCAGAAAAGUAUGAUUUAGCAAUUGAGGCCCUUAAAAGAGAAAUUGAGUUCCAUCACCAGACUGACAACUUCCCGAUGAUAAACAGAGUUAUCCUGGGAGUAGUAAUGGUGUAUCUUCAGAAUGGGGACCCUGUGGCUGCCGAGAACUUCUUCACAACAGCAUCAAAUCGUGGGACAGGAGAAGAUGAGUUUAUUCAGGGAGCAGAUGAAUUAAUUAGAGCUUUUAAUGAUGGCGAUGAAGAUGCUGCCCGAGAAAUACUGUCAAAACCCUUCGUCAAAUUUAUGGAUAAUUGUUUUGCCAAGAUUGCUCGUGGACUAGUCAUUCCAGCAGGAGGAGGUGGCAGGGUGGGUGUGGUCAAAAAUGCAUCUGCCAAUGAAAUCCAAGAUCAAGGGGCACAGUUAGCGGAUGAUGACUUGGAAGAUGGAGGACUAUGUUGAUGAUAAGGACUUGAUAAAGAUAAAAGUAAAUUAUGAUUUUAUGCAGUUAUCUGAGUAACUAUCAUAUACAGGGAAAUAUUCACCCCUGCUCCUUUCGCCCUCAUUGUCAGUGAGUGAAAGACUGGGCGAAUAUGAAUUUAUUCCAUUAUUUUCAAUAUAUACAUGAGCUUCAUUGACUACUGUUAAUACUGAUGAAACAUAAUGCAUAUAUCACUUUUCAGUAGUAUUUAGUUGAAAAGGACUAAAUUUGAUGAUAGUAUUUAUUUAGCACCCCCAAGUUAGAAUUCCUGCUGCUGGGAAUAUUCUAGUUUUGUGUUUUGUAGACCAGUCCUGAGAGAGUAUGAAUGAAUACAAUACUCACAAGGGUGGAGAUAAAAUAAUGUCUCACAAUUUUAAUUUAUUUAAUAAUAUGCUCAUUCAUAUUAUAUUAGUAAGUUUACAAUGCACAGUAAUUUUUUAGACAAAUUUUUAAAUUCUGACAUAUUAAUAAAAUUUUGGAUAUAUUCAAAAUCCAGGAAAACUUGAAUAAAGGAAAGAUGUUAUAGUGAAUAGGAAUUAAUGAAGUUUUGAUCGAUCUUCGAGGUUGUGUACAGUCAACUUUAAUUUAUAAUGUAUUUUUUUUAAGUAGUUGUUAAUAGUACAGGCAUGGUUUUUUUAUUAUAUUCAUUGUAUUUAUCACCAUUGAAUGAAUAAUUAGAUAUCCAUGCAUAUCUAGAUUUAUCUCCAUCAGCAAAUUUUUUAUUGUUUAUUGUGUCAGUAUAAUUGUAUAGAAAUCACGUAACUGAAGUGCAAUAAAUUUUGUGAUGUUA